AUGAAUAAAUUAUUUUUAUUGUUUGUGAUCGCUGUUUACAGCGUCAAUGCAUACACACUUGAAGGAGCUAGCAGGAUUAUAGGAGGAACAUACAGAAGUAACAUUAAUUAUGUGAUAUCAUUACAAGAGAAACAAUCAACACAAACCUACGAAAGAGGUCACAAAUGUGGAGGUGUAUUAAUUACUCGACAGAAUGCAUUGACAGCUGCUUCUUGCGUUCUCGAUGACAAUGGACAACUGAUCAACGCAACCAACUUCAGAGUUUUCGCUGGGACAGUUCUUACAAAUGAUAAUGCAGAUAACGUUCGCGACAUAGCAAGUAUAACUGUCCACCCGGAAUAUAAUGGGCAGACUUUUGUCAACGACAUUGCUGUUAUUACUUUGCAAGCUGCUUUCUCGAACUCGACAAACCCCUUGCCAAUGCCGAUUGCUGAGUUAUCUCAUCCUUCCAUGUGUGAGUCUUCCGGUUUUGGAGGUCGUAAUGCAACAUCUAUUGCAAGUGCACAAUUGAUAACCUUAUCAUCUAUAGCCACGUUGUCAAAUGAAGCUUGCAACCCAUUAAUGCCACAGAUGAUAAUUGUACCAAGCAUGGUUUGCGGGACUUCGGCUGGUAGUGGAUGCGAGGGUGAUAUAGGAAACCCAUUAGUGUGCAACCCACAGAGCACUCCGGUUCUUGCGGGUUUACUCAGUAGGAGCAACAACUGUGGGUUUGAUGAUACCACCCCCGAAGUGUACACUCAAGUUUUCUCAUUCACAACAUGGAUAAAUGAAGUUAUCUCUCCUAUGACCACUAGUACAUCUGCUCCUACUUCAUCCUCUACCACAACCACUACUACGCCUGCUCCUACUUCAUCCUCUACCACAACCACUACUACGCCUGCUCCUAGUACAUCCUCUACCACAACCACUACCACAACCACAACUACGCCUGCUUCUACUUCAUCCUCUACCACAACCACUACUACGCCUGAACCUACAUCCAAUACUACGCUAGCUCCUACUUCAUCCUCUACCACAACCACUACUACGCCUGCUUCUACUUCAUCCUCUACCACAACCACUACUACGCCUGAACCUACAUCCAAUACUACGCUAGCUCCUACUUCAUCCUCUACCACAACCACUACUACGCCUGCUUCUACUUCAUCCUCUACCACAACCACUACUACGCCUGCUCCUAGUACAUCCUCUACCACAACCACUACCACAACCACUACUACGCCUGAACCUAUUAUUACCUCUAGUACAACCACUACUUCACCCGAACCUACAUCCAAUACUACGCUAGCUCCUACUUCAUCCUCUACCACAACCACUACUACGCCUGCUUCUACUUCAUCCUCUACCACAACCACUACUACGCCUGCUCCUAGUACAUCCUCUACCACAACCACUACCACAACCACUACUACGCCUGCUUCUACUUCAUCCUCUACCACAACCACUACUACGCCUGAACCUACAUCCAAUACUACGCUAGCUCCUACUUCAUCCUCUACCACAACCACUACUACGCCUGCUUCUACUUCAUCCUCUACCACAACCACUACUACGCCUGCUUCUACUUCAUCCUCUACCACAACCACUACUACGCCUGCUUCUACUUCAUCCACUACCACAACCACUACUACGCCUGCUUCUACUUCAUCCUCUACCACAACCACUACUACGCCUGCUCCUAGUACAUCCUCUACCACAACCACUACCACAACCACUACUACGCCUGCUUCUACUUCAUCCUCUACCACAACCACUACUACGCCUGAACCUACAUCCAAUACUACGCUAGCUCCUACUUCAUCCUCUACCACAACAACUACUACGCCUGCUUCUACUUCAUCCUCUACCACAACCACUACUACGCCUGCUUCUACUUCAUCCUCUACCACAACCACUACUACGCCUGCUUCUACUUCAUCCUCUACCACAACCACUACUACGCCUGCUCCUAGUACAUCCUCUACCACAACAACUACUACGCCUGCUUCUACUUCAUCCUCUACCACAACCACUACUACGCCUGCUUCUACUUCAUCCUCUACCACAACCACUACUACGCCUGCUCCUACUUCAUCCUCUACCACAACCACUACUACGCCUGCUUCUACUUCAUCCUCUACCACAACCACUACUACGCCUGAACCUACAUCCAAUACUACGCUAGCUCCUACUUCAUCCACUACCACAACCACUACUACGCCUGCUUCUACUUCAUCCUCUACCACAACCACUACUACGCCUGCUCCUACUACAUCCUCUACCACAACCACUACUACGCCUGAACCUACAUCCAAUACUACGCUAGCUCCUACUUCAUCCUCUACCACAACCACUACUACGCCUGCUUCUACUUCAUCCUCUACCACAACCACUACUACGCCUGAACCUACAUCCAAUACUACGCUAGCUCCUACUUCAUCCUCUACCACAACCACUACUACGCCUGCUUCUACUUCAUCCUCUACCACAACCACUACUACGCCUGCUUCUACUUCAUCCUCUACCACAACCACUACUACGUCUGCUCCUAGUACAUCCUCUACCACAACCACUACUACGUCUGCUCCUAGUACAUCCUCUACCACAACCACUACUACGUCUGCUCCUACUUCAUCGUCUACUGCAACCAGUAGUACGCCCGAUCCUACAUCCAAUACUACUCUAGCUCCUAGUACACCCGCUCCUACUACAACCGAUCUUACUACAGUCGAUCCUACUAUAACAGAUCCUACUACAACCGAUGCUACCACACCUUACCCGGGAUCGGCAUCGACAUCACAACUCGGAACUACGGUAGCACUUAUAUUUGUGGUUAUCCAAUGCUUCAUAAUCAUUAACUGA